AUGCAAGCUACUAUUCACUUGAGUUUAAUGUGUUGGGAGGAAAUUAACUGGAAAAUGAUGAAGCAACACAAAUUCGCGACACGACAUGCUGUCUCGUUUGUUUGCUCAAUAAACGCAGAUGCCAAGAGAGAUGUUAAGAGUUUGAUUAUAUCAAAGCACUUUGCUUACCUUUUACUGACUUUAAAAUUGAAUUAUUCCUUUGUUUGUUAUGUGAUGUUCAUAAAGUUAACGACUUCUUUGGAUAAGCACGAUGUGAUGAUUAUGAGUACAUAUAAGCUUUUGACGCAACCCCAAAAUGGAUCACUUUUAUGUUUAAGUUUCUUCAAUUUAAGUUUUAAUUUGCACACCGAAUCGUUUUUAGCACAUGAAAUAGAUAAAGUCAAGAAUGCUACCAACACUCGUUUUCCUCCGCAGCAUUCAAAUAGUAAAAAACAAAUUUUGUUGAGACAAGAAAAAUCUUCCAAAGCGAUAGCUCAAUAA